GGUGCGGCGGGAGCGAGUGCGGGCGGGCUGCCUGCUGCUGUCCGUCCCGGUCUCCGCGGCCCCCGGUGGCCUUCCGUGCCGGCGGCGCCAUGGGCAAUUGCCACACGGUGGGGCCCAACGAGGCGCUGGUGGUUUCAGAGAGAAAAAUAUCAACUUGUUGUUCCACCCAUUUAUGCACACACUGGUUGAUUCUUGUAUGUACCCUGACUGGGAACUGAACCCACAACCUUGGCUUACUGGGACAAUCCUUUAACGAGGGGGCUGUUGUGGUUCGGACUAUAAACAGUAUGUGUUUGGCGGCUGGGCCUGGGCCUGGUGGUGUAUCUCUGACACUCAGAGACUGUCUCUGGAGGUUAUGACCAUCCUGUGUCGCUGUGAGAAUAUUGAGACGUCGGAGGGGGUCCCGCUAUUCGUAACAGGGGUUGCACAGGAUUACCCUAGAGAUUAUGACGUUGCAGCCCCGCUGCGAGGACGUAGAGACGGCCGAGGGGGUAGCUUUAACUGUGACGGGUGUCGCCCAGGUGAAGAUCAUGACGGAGAAGGAGCUUCUGGCCGUGGCCUGCGAGCAGUUCCUGGGCAAGAAUGUGCAGGACAUCAAGAAUGUCGUCCUGCAGACCCUGGAGGGGCACCUGCGCUCCAUCCUCGGGACCCUGACCGUGGAGCAGAUUUAUCAGGACCGGGACCAGUUUGCCAAGCUGGUGCGGGAGGUGGCAGCCCCUGACGUCGGCCGCAUGGGCAUCGAGAUCCUCAGCUUUACCAUCAAGGAUGUGUAUGACAAAGUGGACUAUCUGAGCUCCCUGGGCAAGACGCAGACGGCGGUGGUACAGAGGGAUGCUGACAUCGGGGUGGCCGAGGCCGAGCGGGAUGCAGGCAUCCGGGAAGCCGAGUGCAAGAGGGAGAUGCUGGACAUGAAGUUCAUGGCAGACACCAAAAUCGCCGACUCCAAGCGAGCCUUCGAGCUGCAGAAGUCGGCCUUCAGUGAGGAAGUCAAUAUCAAGACAGCUGAGGCCCAGCUGGCCUAUGAGCUGCAAGGGGCCCACGAGCAGCAGAAGAUUCGGCAGGAAGAGAUCGAGAUCGAGGUUGUGCAGCGUAAGAAGCAGAUUGCAGUGGAGACACAGGAGAUCCUGCGCACGGAGAAGGAGCUGAUUGCCACCGUGCGCCGCCCCGCGGAGGCCGAGGCACACCGCAUGCAGCAGAUCGCCGAGGGCGAAAAGGUGAAGCAGGUCCUCUUGGCUGAGGCAGAGGCUGAGAAGAUCCGAAAAAUCGGUGAGGCGGAGGCAGCAGUCAUCGAGGCGAUGGGCAAGGCAGAGGCUGAGCGGAUGAGGCUCAAGGCUGAGGCCUACCAGAAAUAUGGGGACUCAGCCAAGAUGGCCAUGGUGCUGGAAGCCCUGCCCCAGAUUGCUGCCAAAGUCGCAGCCCCAUUGACCAAAGUCGAUGAGAUUGUGGUCCUCACCGGGGACAACAAUAAGGUGACAUCAGAAGUGAACCGACUGCUGGCCGAGCUGCCUGCCUCCGUGCAUGCCCUCACAGGCGUGGACCUAUCCAAGAUACCCCUGAUCCAGAAGGCCACGGGUGUACAGGUGUGAGGCUCCCGAAGAACCCACACCCUUCAGCAGCUGCCCGCUCCUCCCUCCAGCACCUGUUUCAAUACUGCAGGAACAACGGGAAUGUUACUGACUCUGGUGCCUUAUUUGUAGGGACCAGAAGUGCUGCGUGUUCAGGCCUUCUCUGGCUGUCUUCCCUUCUCCUGUCUGUCUCCUUCCCCUUCUCCUUUACCCCACACCCUCACACUCACUGCCAUAUUCAUCUGGUGUGUCUCUUCCACCCUCAUCUUCCUGUACAUAUGCCUCUUCCUUCGUCUGUUUGUCUUUUUCUCUCCCUCUUUCCUCCCACCCAUCCUUUACACACAUCAUGUAAUUUAAGCUGAAGAUGUUUAUUAUAAUCACUGUCUGUCUGUAAGGGGUGGCCCUGCUGCUCUUCAGAAUCCUGGUGCCUUGAAGUUCUCUGUGCAUCCUCCCUGUGGCCUUGUCCAGACCUCAGCAUGGGUGCAGGGGGUCUGGGUAGAAUGGCCACCUGCCCCUCUCCUGGCCUGGUUUUCUAGCCCUAAACCCUCCCCUGGGAAACCCCAGCCUCACUCACUCUAGCCCCUCUAGGCUAGGUAGCAGUGGCCUACAGACCCAGGCCACUGCCCUUCUCUUCACACCUCCCCAACCCCAGGUCUGCUCCAUACCUUACCUUUCUACCCACCCCAGGGGCACAGAAGCAAGGCCUCCUGUCUAUAACAGCUCUCUCAGUUGACUACUGCCUUAGGAGGCCCCUGCUUGUGCUCAGGGAAGUCCCCCUCAUGGACAUGUCUCUGCUGGAGUGAGGCUUGGUCCCAGCUCUGCUGAGUCUUUCUGGGAUCAGGGUCUAGCCCUGUUGGGGACUAGAAAGUCUGUAGACCCUCUUCCUGCUAGGGCUGCUCUGUUCUGGGUAUGAGGCCAGGCCCUUCCAGUGGGCAAGGCUGUGCCAACCCUGUACAGAAUCGAGUGCUGUAGACUGGCCAGACUUCAUACUCCUUGUGCCAUCUUUCUUCCUGGCCAGUGAUAGGGUCCCAGCCAUGGGAACAGCCCAGCCCUCUGUCUCCUUGCUCUCGUGGAGGCAGAGAAGCCCACAGGCCAAGCACCCAGGGGUGCUGUGUAUGUCCUGUGGUCCCAGUCCCCCACCCCUGGCAUGGGCCCUGCCCCAGCCUGUGUAGCUGUUCCUGCAUGUGGAUGCUGCAUGUUUGGUCUGGGGCUUGGAUGCUGCACUGCCCCACUGCCUGUCCCUUCUGGUAAAAUAAAGAUCUGUUAUGCCA